GUGGGACGUGAAACGGAGUGGGAGUGACGUGGACUUGUCGCACACCGUUCGGCCACGUGGGGGUACCGCCGCCCGCCCUCCAGGUCCUAGCCAGACAGUCCAGUCGGAGAUGAGUCACAGGCAGGACCGCGCCUCGCCUAGGAUGCUGGGCUCCAAGAUGGGCAGGCAGGGGGAGGCGUGACCUCUCCCCACCCCCCACCCCUACGUCCCUGCUCCGGAACUCCUCUCCCAGCAAACCGCAGUCUCAGCCCGUCUGUUCCAGACCUGUCCACCCACUGCCCCAUCACUGUAUCCUUACAGCAGCUCUGGGCACAUGUGGGCGGACCAGGGUGGGCACUUGCUCGCAUAGACACCCGACAUCCAUCUUGUCUGGAUGACCCCAACAGAAGCUCCACCCAAGCAGAGGGUCUGAUGCCACCAGGAAGUGGUUUUCCUGUCCGUCCCCAUGCUAAAGCCUCAAGUGGGGGAGGGGAGGAGGAAUCAGACAGUGAGGUUGAGAAGCCUGUUUUAAGAUCCAAAAAGCCCCUCCUCAUGUUUUCCAAGGGUUUUGUGGUGGUAAAUUCCGAGGGUAGGUGGUUGGUAAAUAUUUGAAUAAACCAAUGCAAGCCAGGGAUGUUGGGAGAAUGCAGCUGGAGGAUGGUUUGUGUGAAAUACUGAUGGAGUUACACAAUGUGGGCAACAGUACUCUUAGCUACCAUCAGCAUCGUUGUCACCAACGAUAUCGGGGAGCAUCUCAGCUCCUUACAUGGGUGUCCUUCUCAGGAAGGUGAGCAUCGUUAAAAGGCAGCCUCAACACGGAAGUCGUGCAUUAGCAUCAGGCCAAGGUGGAUUUGUUCUAGACUUUAAAUGUGAGCGGAGGGUCCUUCCCUGUGAGAAGUCAGAGCUGUGCACGUGGGCAGGCUGGCUCCGCUGUUCUGCUCCAAGGAUUACAUGUCCUUCAAACGCCCCUGCCCCUUCUCCUGGUGACCAGAGAAUGGAUACCAGUAAGUGGGCUAAGAAGUCACCAAAAAAAGCAGAGGAGGAGACUCAGAAGUGCCCAAUAGCUCGAUACAACCGCACCAGCUACUUCUACCCCACAUUCUCAGAGAGCUCAGAGCACAGCCAUCUGCUCGUGUCCCCUGUGCUGGUGGCGAGUGCAGUCAUAGGUGUGGUCAUCAUCCUAUCCUGCAUCACCAUCAUCGUGGGCAGCAUCCGCAGGGACAGGCAGGCUCGGCUCCAGCGGCACCACCACCGCCACCGCCGCCACCACCACCACCACCAUCGCCACCGCCGCCGCCAUCGAGAGUACGAACACAGCUACGUGUCUGACGGGCACACCUACAGCCGGUCCAGCCACAGGAUGCGCUACGCCUGCAGCCCUGCCGAGGACUGGCCCCCACCCUUGGACCUCAGCUCUGAUGGGGACGUGGAUGCCACCGUGCUCCGAGAGCUGUACCCAGAUUCUCCACCAGGACCUGGCCAGUGUAAAGGUCACCAAGAUGGGCCAUAAACAGGACUUGACUCCAGGAACACCAGGGACUGCACAUUUUACUGCGACAGCAGUUGGCUUUCAGCAUCCUGAAGGCUUUCACUACCAGGAAAGGGGAAAUUUGUAAAUUAGACUGAAAUGAGUUGUUUUCUCCACCUUUGUGGAAAUUCUCCUCUUCCUUCCUCUGCUUUCCAUAAGACCUUUGCUUCUGUCGUUGAUCUCUUGGCUGACAGAGGCUGGUUCCCUUCCUCUGUCACUCUUCUCUCCCACUAGAACUCAAGUGGGGUCCACUAGCAUAGUCCCCAAGUGCCCUGAAAGUGGGGUGCUAUCCUGAAGGAAGGUGCAGCCCCAGUCCCAGGUCCCAAUGGUUCUGCACCCACCAGCGCCACUCCGAGCCCACACUGCCACCUGCUGGCUGCCUGUUGGCACUGCUCAAAGCAAAGGAGACGGCCCCCGAAGAAUGAGCAAAUUCCCUUCUCCCACUUUCAGACCCACUGCCCACGGACACUUAUAGUUGUAAACAGAACUUGUUUUGGUCCUGAGCUUGUCUUCUACCCUUUGGAUGUUCCAUGAGGUUUAACCCAUUCAAGCAUCCCAUUUUCAGGAAUCACUCCUGCCGCCAGCAUCUCCCUCUAACCACAGCCUGAUACCUAAGCCCUCCUCUCUAUAUAAACACCACUGUGCGUGGCUCAGGUGCCACCUCCGUGCUGUGGGGCCCUGCCUCCUGGGAACGAAUGUAGCAGCCUUCAUGGGGAUGGUGUCCAGCCACAUGCUGAUCUCAACCUGAACCACCCCACGCCGACACUCGGUUCUGACAGCAAACACACUGGACAUCCCACCGGCCCAGGGGACUGUGGGGCUCGGCGUUUCCUGCCUCCUCCAUCCACAAUACACCCUGUGUCCACUGUGACAGGCUGUGGCAUGUCCACACAUGGUGCCACAUUCACGGUCCUGCACACUCCUGCCAGGAGACUGGCCUCUCUCUGCCGGGGGCCUGAGGGGUGGGGCUGAGGAUAGCACCCCAGGCUUGGGGCUCAUCAGAGCCCCAAGGAAAUGGGAGGUGAAGCCGAAUUUCCAAGAUGGGGAACAGGAGCGGGGCAGGACCAGACCCUGGGACAGGAAGGGGGUGCGAGGGGGUGACCCCAGGAGCACCCCUAGGGAGUGGGCAGUGAAACGAGGAAGGGAAGGAACCCGAAGCUGGUUGCCACCAUGGCCAGCUGAGCUCUGUCCCCCGAGAGAUAGUGUGGAGCACGCCUCGAAGUUAGCCACCCGAGGGGAGGGAGAUGGAGUCCUCAGACACCAGCUCUAGACUCUCAAGGGUCAUCGUUUGAAGUGCUCUUCAGAGAAUGUUAAUCCCUGCCCCUUGUGCAGCCAAGCGGCAUCUCUGGCCAGAGAGUCUUUAGAUGGGGGAGUUGCAGCUGCCAGCAGAUGAUGCCAUCAUGCUGGUCAGCAUGAUCUGCCACUGGGCCCGCAUGCCUGGGCACGGUGCCUUCCAAGGCCUCUGGAUAGGGCACCGACAGCAUCUGCCAGAUGUGCGCCGCGGGAAUCACCCGAGAGAGGGAGGAAGGCGGCUUGAUACAAAGUGUGGCCAUCCACAGCCGCCCCCUGGGACAGCCCGCUGGCUGGCACCAGCCAAGCCCACUCACAUGUACACGCACAGGGGUCUCUCACACCCAGUUCCUAGAGACACUAUCGGACACACAGUCGUAUGCAGCAUCACUCAGCUCACACCACCUGUGGUUUUGUACCCAUUUGCUCAGAUAGCUUCAGUGAAUACACACUAGUGCCCCUCACACUCAGAGGUCCCACAUGCACACUCCAAGGCCACCCUUUCUCACACUCACGUAUCACUAUCGAUGCCCACCUGAUGACUGACCGGCAGUGGAAGGACGGGCAGCUUCCUGGUCUGAGAGAGUGGAUCUUCUGUCCUGGGCUCUGCGCUGCUUGACCUCACAUUGCACCUCGCCCAGCCCAGGUGAUCUCUCUCGAUCAGGACCAAUCACCUGGGUCAGGCUGGUAUUUCUGGGCUGGGGGGCUGGGCACACCUUUGCCCCCAGGGUUGCUGCCCAGCUGUGCCUCCUUCGGAAGAAUCCCAGGGCUGCAGGCCUCAGGCCCUGUUGUCACAGCCUCAGCUAAUCACAACUACCCAUCCUCACCAGCCUGACUCCAGGGGCUGCCCAUCCUUCUGCCCCACAGCUGGUGGCUGUCUGGUCCAUGACCCACCACAAAGCUGGCACCCCCUGGAUUAUAGGGGGGAGAGGGGACAGCUCUUGAAAGGGGGACCUUCCACCCCCGACAGGCUCUGAGCCCCAUCACCCACUGCCAUUACUCAAUUGCAAGAGACAGAAGCCCAACCUGAACCUUCUUAAGCAAAAAAGGAUACUUAUUGGCUCCCAUAACUAAAUUGUCCAAGUAACAUAUUCUAACUUCACACGUGCUGGAUCCAGGGGGUCUGAGAAUAUGGGCAGGUGUGUUGCCUCUCUUGGCUCUGCUGCCCGCCGUGUUGCCUUCAUUCUCCCACAGGAGCAGUGGCCGUGGAUGCCCCAAGUCCACGUUGGCUGGGUCAUGAUCCAAAACAACGAGACAGCCUCUCUGUCCCAGAGAGCAGAUAUCAAAUCUCAGAGAAAACUGACCAGCCCAGACACGCACUCAUGCCUGACCGUCUGUGAAUGGCUGUGGUUGGGGUGGGGAGUCUCGAUUAGCCAAGCCUGGGUCGUGUGCCCACUCCCACAGGGGAGGAGGAGCCAAAUCAGCCUUUUCUGGAACGGGUUUUCCAAAGCAAAGGGAAGUGGGUAGGCAGGACUGGGCGCACCCAGAACAGCCAACUCUGCCCUGUUUGCUUGACAGCGCCAGGCCCCACCCGCCAGCUCUCAGUCUGAGCGAGGACACCACGCCUGGGGUAGACAGUGACCACACAGAGAGCUAGGGUAGGGGCUGGGGCCAGGGAAGGUAGGGGCUGGCUGCUGACCAGGGCCCAUACCAGAGGAUGGAGGCCUCAGAACCAGUCUCCAGCAGGGCCUGAGGGUGCCAGACUCAUGGGGCACAGUCUUCAAUCUGUCCUGGCUCUUUCCCAUGGUUGCCCUGUCAGGUGGGGGCUGGGGUCAGAGAGGCCCAGCUCUAGUGCCUGCUGGGAGAGGCCUCCCUCCGCAGGGAGCUGACCAAACUCCACACUGAGGGUGCUCUAGGACUUGUGGACAUAUGAGACUCUCACCAGGAAUACACCACCCAUAGUUUGGUGGUUACAUAGUUUUAUUCCCCAAAAGGAACAUAAAUUUGGGCAAAAGGCCAAGGAAUGGAUCUGUGACAUGAAGUCUGAGGCUCAAAGCCAGGCACCACCUCCUCCCCAAGGGCCGUCUAGCUGCCGAACUCCUGCAUCCCCUCCUCCUCCCAGCCCUUCCCUUCCUGGACUGAUCCUGUGUGUCUGAGCCAUCCCUGCCAGACUGGGGGCCCAGGUUAGGGCCAAGCUGGUUCCUCUCUGGGUGGUGGGCCCAGGGGCGGGUUAUGGAGUGAAGAACUCGCAAGAACAUUCAGUUCAAUUCUGAGGGCAGCAGGUUCCUCCCUGUGUGUCACGGCCUUGAGGACAAUCAGCACUGAGUUCCAGACCUGGGAGCCCCUGCCCAGGCAGCACCCCCAUCCCUGCGCUCCCGUGGCCUCUGAGCUCCUGGGCUCAGCAGGGAACCUGGGAGUCUGGGCAGCAGGGACGGCUGUGUGUGAAGGCUUGUGCUGGGACCCAGACUCCUGGCUGUCCCUGCUUCUGUCAUUGGCUCACCAUGUGACUCUGAGCCAGACUCCUUCCUUCUCUGGGUCUCAGGGCCCCUCCCCCUGAGCAGAUCUCCAGUGCCUCCUCUCCUUCCCCGCCCCCUGCAUUGUCCCCAAAGCUAGUCACCCUGGCAGGCAGAGAAAGCAGGUUCUCAUUAAGCCAGUCAUUCCCCUGAGGGCCCAGAAAGUGUGAAUAAUGGGACAGUUCAAGAGGCUGCAGUGGUCCAGUGGGGAGGACACUGGCCCUGGAGAAGCAGGCCUGACCCAGCGCGAGAGGGCAGGGAGGGAGAUGGUUCCAGGCACCCUGCCAGCGUUUUCCCCUCAGGACCUUGGGCCUCCCUGCAGAGACAGGCGUGGAGGGCAGUGCACAGGCAUGACCAGGUUCUCACGAGCUGAGGACUAGGAUGUCCAGAAUGGGUGAAGUGUUAUAUCUAUAAGUAACCAAGCAAGAGAAGAAUCACAUAAGGGGGAGAUUAAAUUGUGUACCAAUUGUAAAACUUUGGUUAUUAAUAGGAAAAAAGAUAAAGGCCCCUCCAGCCCUCUCCUCAGGGAGCACAUCUGCCUGCAGCCAAGGAGAGAGACGGAGACAGAGACAGAGAUAGAGAAUUAAGACUCUUGUUUUAGACCCUCCCCUUCCUUGGCCUGUGACCCACCCCUUCAAAACAACUCAAUGGCCUGGAACCUUGUCUAUCCCCACGCCUAAAUCUGCCACUCCCAUUCAGGGCUCUUACAAAUCUUUGAGACCAUGGAAAAAGCAAGGCCUUGGGUAUCAGAUAGACUUGGUGUAGUAAGUGAAUAAUGCCCCACCACCCCCUGCAAGAUAUCCAGGUCCUAAUCCCCAGAACCUGUGAAUAUGUCACCUUCCAUGGCAAAGGGACUUUGCAACUGUGAUUAAGUUAAGGGCGUUGAGAUGAGACAAUGAUCCUGGAUUGUCCAGGUGGGCCCAAUGUAAUCACAAGGGUCCUCAUGAGAGGGAGGCCCUAGGGUCAAAGUAAGAGAAGAUGUGACAAACAGAAGCAGAAUGUAGAGAGAAAUGAGAGAUUUAAAGACGCUAUGCUGGGCCGGC